UCCUUUCCCCGCGCCGCGCUCCGGGCAGGAGGCAGGAAGGGAGGCAGGGGGAUGGAGCGGCUCCCGGCCGGGAUGCGGUAGCGCCCCGGGACACGGUGAAGCUGACAUUCCCAAGCAUCCCUCUGCAAUGGCCUCAGGGAAUGAUGGUGACCCACCACGGGCCCACAGGCGCCAGGGGAGCGACAGGCGCAGGUUGUCACAGGAGCUCAACCCAGAAGCCCGAGUGGCAGCAGAGGCAGAGGAGGUGUUCCGGAGCUACGCCUUCUACCGCUACCGGCAGGAGAGGGAGGAGAGAGGGGCGGAGGUGCCCACGGACCCCGAGAUCGAGCAAAUCCAGCAGGACCUGGAGAGCACCGGGAGCCAGGUGGGGCAGCGCUUGGCCAUCAUCGGCGAUGACAUCUACAGGCGCUACGACGCCGAGUUCCGCACCAUGCUGGACACCCUGCAGCCCACUGCAGCCAAUGCCUACGAGCACUUCACCAAGAUAGCCUCCAGCCUGUUCGAGAGCGGCAUCAACUGGGGCCGUGUGAUUGCACUGCUGAGCUUCGGCUACCGCAUGGCCAUGCACGUCUUCCAGCACGGCCUGCCCGGCUUCCUGCGCCGCAUCGCCCGCUACGUGGUGGAGUUCAUGGUGCAGCACCGCAUCGCCCGCUGGAUCGCCCAGCAGGGAGGAUGGGUGGCUGCGCUGGACCUGGACAAUGUUUACAUGAAGUACAUGCUGGUGGUGGCCCUGAUCGUGGUGGGGCACUUGGUGCUACGACGCUUCUUCAGGCCCUGAGGGGGGCAAAGGGCUGGGGGGUCCGGCCGAGCUCUCUCUCAGUUCUCUGCUCUGUGUUGACGUCUCCCAGGAGAGGGGGAUUCAAGGAGCCCCUGAGAGAGAGCGGGGCUUGGACCCCCUCCCACCACAGGGCCUGGGGUCUCUGCAUCCCCAGGAGCCACAGACAGAAGGAGGGGAUGGGGGGGCUCCACUUUGUUGUCUUUUUGAUGUCUCAGCGCUGAGGAUGGGCCUGACUGUGGUGGGACAUUGCUGGGACCCCCUCAGGAGGAACAGAGGUGUGAUGGUAAUGCCUCUGUGUGUGUGUGUAGGGUCCUGUGCACCCCUGGGGCAGGUGCAGAGCCCCCCUUUGCUGACAGCCCCAGCCUGGCCCCUCCCUGUGUUUGAGCCCUGGGCUUACAGCUGUUGUCUGUAAGCCCAUGUGAGGCUGCUUCACCUUCCCUCUGCUCCUGAGCCCAGUACUUGAGCCUUCUCCAGCUUUUUAUCAGACAUCCCGAUUCCUUUUUAUAGGAACACUCCUCCUGCCCCUCCUCUGGCAGGAGUUCCUUGCCCCAGCCUGGGCCUGGACCCCUCAGCUCCCCAGGGCUCAUGGGGUGCAGGGCUGGGGUGCAGCCCCCACAGCUCCCACGAGCUCAGGGGCUCUGUGCCAGCUCACCUGGGAAGCACCAGCAGGUUCCCCGACACUAAAAACCUGUGAGUGCUCUGUGGUGGGGACAGGAGGGAUUUCCCUGCCCACCCACCAGUUCUGCUGGGGAUCCACUCAGCAGGUGCUGGCAAAGGAGCAGCCCAGUAGUGACCUGUUGUCCUCCCUGGCUGUCAGUGGGGGGCCCUGAGGCUGCAUCCCAUCCCUGGCUGCCCCCAGGGCAGACUUGACCUCCUUCUGUUCCUGGUGAUGCUUGAGUGGGAUUUUUGGGGGAGGGAGGGAAGCUCCACUCUCCCAUCCCCAAAGCUUCCUGACUAUUGCAAAUCAGGGAGUUUAAGCUGGUUACUCCAUGUCCUGCCUGAGCUCAGAGGCAGCUCCCUCCUGCCCCUGACAGCUCCCUCCUCUCCCCUCAAAGCUGCCCAGGCUUAGCAGGACCAGCCUUCAUUUUUUAACACUCACAUCCCUCCUGUUCCUGCCUCUUUUUAACCGAAUAGCAAACUUUUUAACCUGUUUCCAUAUCAAGGUCCUUCUGAGCUUAUCAUUUUGCUCCUAUUCCUCCAGUAUCCCUGUCCCUGCUGGAAUGCUCU